GAGGGAGAAAUCGUUCCACGACUGCGAGUGACUGGAGAGAAAAAUUGCAGAGAAAAAAGCCCUCAAAUUUUCUUCACACGCCAUUCCAAACCCUCAAUUUAGGUUUUUUCUCCUCCUCCAUUGCCAUUCCAGCUUCUCUCUCUCUAUCUCUGCAGGUUGCCUGAGCAGACUGCAACGCCGCGCUUCGCGUUCCUACUGUUCUGUCUAAG